UUCAAUGGAUGGUGGCAUGCACCAAACACAAUCAUCUUCAGGGAGAGCCUUGCCCCCUGAUUCAGAAGAGUUCUCUACCUUCUGCAACCAACUCCUCCAUAAUUCUGCACCACUUGGGAUGGACCCGAAUGAUUCCGGGUCGGAUUUCACCCCACAUAACCCGGUUUCCUCUUCGAAUUUCCAUUUCUCUGAUCCCCAUCAUGCUAAUCCUUACAUCCCUCACUCUGAUGCCAACUCCUUCAAACAACACCCCAUUGUUUCACCUGUUGAGAAGAAUGUGGAGGGUUCAGUGUUGCCAUCAAAACCUGUCCCAGCACCACGUACUUCAUCAAAGAGAAGCAGAGCUGCAGAGUUCCAUAAUUUGUCUGAAAAGAGAAGGAGGAGUAGGAUUAACGAGAAAAUGAAAGCCUUGCAGAAUUUAAUUCCAAAUUCUAAUAAGACGGACAAAGCUUCAAUGCUAGACGAGGCCAUAGAAUAUUUAAAGCAGCUUCAGCUUCAAGUUCAGAUGUUAAUGGUGAGAAAUGGUUUGAGCUGGCAUCCAAUGUCUUUGCCAGGUGGACUGAGACCUAUGAUAUUGCCUCAGACUGGGUUGAACCUUGAUGAGGGCAAUGGAUUUCAGAAUUCCACCAGUGCAGUUGCCUCAACAGCAAAUGAUGAAAGCUUAGUGCGACAUGCUUUCAGUUUCCCAAGGCAAUGUAGCAUCUCAAAUCAGGCUAUUAUCAUACCCUCACUGACAAAUAAGGCUACUUCGGACAUCUCAUCUAGUUUUCAACCCACUAUAAAGGAUACACUCUACAGCAACAUGCCACAAGCGUUUUUGGAUACAACAAAGAUUGGAAAAACCCCUUCUCCAGACGUGUCUUAAAGAGCAUGAUUUCAUCAGGGAUAUAAAGAUUUUUUAU